AUGGGCGUAGUGGGCUGGUCCCUGGCGGCCAUCCGAGCGGGUGUGUUCUUGGCGCUGUCUGUGCCGCUGUCGGCAGUGUUCUUCGCCAUGUCGCCCGUCUUCCAUCUCCUGCACAUGCUCACCGACUCCAUCAUGUGGUUCUUCAUCGGCAAGUGCUUCAUCUACAACAUCAGCUGGGAGGUACGCCACGCCCGUGUCGAGAGUUGCGCAUUGCUCUGCUAGGUGUGCACUGCACACAGUGCGCAUGUCUGUCUGUCUGGCUGUCUUGUGUGUGGCGCAUUGCAUGCAGGAUCCACGCAUCGACCAGCGUCUGUUCCGUCUGUCUGAGAGCGACCACGUCAUUACCCUCUGCUCAGCCGGCGACAACGCACUCGACUACAUCCUGGAGGGCGCCAAGGUGACGGCCGUCGACCUCAACCCAUGCCAGAUCGCCCUCGCAGAGCUCAAGAUGGUCGCCGCACAGUGCCUGCCUUACGAGGAGUUCUUCGCCAUCUUCGCACUCUCCGACACGGCCUUGCUGCGGGCCCGCUACUUCAGCCAGUUGCGGCCGAAGAUGAGCUCGCUCGGUCAGCGGUUCUGGGACAGCUACGUGUACCGCCUCAAGAACUUCCUCUACUCGGGCAGCUCGGGCUUCGCCGCCUGGGUGCUAUUCCGCGUCAUAUUCCCUCUCUUUGGCCUGAGCUGGAUUCGCAAGUGAGUCGACCGGUCGGCAGAGGGGUGGGGAGGUGGACGUGUGUGCGUGUGUGUGUGAUUGUAGGGCGGUUGAGCGCGGCGCGACUCGCGAGGAGUUCUUGCGCGAGGUUGAGAUGCACUCUCGUCAGGUCAAGACGCUGUGCUACAUCUGCGACAAGUACAUCUUCAAGGGCUUCGCGGCCUUCGCCGGGGUGCCCAAGGCGCAGCUCAAGCUGGGCCUGCACCGCAGCAACAACGCUGAGACCAUCUUCAACAUAGCCUUCCUGGUCCGUUCGUAGGCAGGCCGCACAGCACACGCCGCCUUUCUUGCCUUGAUGCGCACCGCACCUAUGUGUGUCAUGCUGGCUGGCUUGCUGGCUCGCUGACGACUGACUGACAGUCAUGGUGUGGUCGUUUCUGGUUGCCCCUGUGUGUGUCGGUGGUAUGUGGGCUGGCCCCCGAUGUGCCUAUGCAGGAGUCGGACCUGGUGCGCGACAACUACUUCUUCGGCGGGUAUGUGCUGGGGAGGUGGACCAAGGAGUGCUGCCCGAGAUACCUCAAGGAACACAACUACCCCAAGCUGCAGAAAUACCUGCAGGUCAGUCAGGGGGCCCUUGGGUGUGCGUGUGUGUGCGUGUGCAUCGAUCUCUCUCUCUCCCUCUCUCUGUGUGUUGUGUUGUGUCGGCCAGGCCGGCAAUCUGAAGCUGGUUUGUUCGUCGCUCGACGCGUUUUUGUCUGAGUGUGCCGACGGUGAGUUCACCGUGGCCUCUCUGCUGGACCAUCUCGACUGGAUGAACGCCCACCAAGUCAACAGGGAAAUCGCACACCUGCUACCAAAGAUGGACCAGUAAGUAACCCACCACCAUUCAUCCCAUUCAUCCCACACACACACACAACCCUCCAUCCUCCAUCCUCUCUCUUGUCCGAGCGUUCAGGCAGCGCGGCCGUCUGUUUUGGCGUUCGUUCUCUGAGCGUCUGCACUCGGCCCCCCUGGUGUGGCUGAACCCCAAGCGCGUCGACGACACUGGGGACCGAGUGGGCAUGUACUUCUCCACCUGGAUCGCCAGCGUGGCCGACAGCGACUACACACUCGUCGAGCGAACUCAGACCGCACACCUCUACCAACAGGUCGGUCUGUGUCUCUGUGUGUGUGUGUGUGGGGUGGGGGGUGGGGGGUGGGGGGAGAGAGGGAGAAGGGGAGAGAUGUGUGUGUGUGUGUGUGUGUUGGUCAUCCCAUCCAUUUGUUGAUCGAUCAGGGGUUGCUUCAGAACAUCGUGACUGGCGCCAAGGUGGUGAGUUUCCCCUUCUGGCAGGCGUUCGUCAAGCCCCACCUGGACGACUCGGCCGCCAUCAACCAGCACCAGUCUACCAUGGAGGCCUUCUACAGAUUCCAAAAAGAAGGCACGAACCGCACCCUCCCUCCCUCCCACACCCCCAAACCACCAAACCACCAACAACACUCACACGCACACACACGCAUGUGGCGUGUGCACCACAUGUGUUUGUCUGUCUGUGAUGCAUGCAGGCUACGACGCGUUUCGUGAGCGGAUGUUGCACAGCCGUCCUUUGUUGAUGGAGCUGAUUCCCAUCCGCAAGGGCGGCAACAUGGUAUGGGUUGACAUCGGCGGCGGCACCGCACGCAACCUAGAGUUCCUGCCCGUUGAGGUCGUCAAGAAAUACUUCAAGGUAUCAACAUCUGUCCGGCAGCACACACACACACACACACACAGAGAGAGAGAGAGAGAGACGGAGGGAGGGAGGGAGGGAGGGAGGGAGGGAGUGGCCGGUGGCCAUGCGAGUGUGGUCUGUGUGUGUGUCGCGCUGCAGGCGAUCUACAUUGUGGACAUCAGCGCGUCGCUGUUGGAGAUCGCAGCGCGUCGCGUCAAGGCCUGUGGUUUGGACCACAUUGUGCAUCUUGUCGAGGCAGACUGCACACACCCAUCCGUGUGGAGGUAGGUAGGUCGACCAAGACAACAAACAGCAUGGCAGCCAUACACACACACACACGGCGUGUUGGAUGCACGUGUGGCCAUCCAUUCAGUUCUCUGCCCAGCCCUGGGAGCGUUGAUGUGGUGACGAUGAGCUACUCGCUGUCGAUGAUCCCCGACAAGCGCACCGCCGUCGCCAACGCCGUCAAACUACUCAAACCCAAGGGCAAGGGGUGAGCGAGUCGUCAAUGAAUGGGGCCAGGCCACGAAGGUCUCAAACAAAGCCAUCCGGGCCGUCUCUCUCUGUGUGUGUCUGUGUGUGUCUGUGUGUGCAGCACAUUGGGUGUGGGUGACUUCUUCCUCUACAACGUGAACGACCACAGACUGCCCCCUCACAAAGCGCUCCUCAGAAAUGUACGACGACACCACCCAUCCGCAACACGACGCUCAUUUCAUUUGUGUCAUCUUGUCAUCUGCGCGCGUGUCACAUCCCAUGCCAUGCCAUGCCAUGCAGGCUGAGGCCCGUUUCCACCGCUGGUGGUUCGCCAACGACCACGUGCAUCUGUUGGACCCGCCCACGCUGCGUCUGGUGACGGCAUCCACCGAGACCAUGUGGGACCAGCGCUUCAGGGGACCCAUUCCAUUCAUACCCCUCUUCAGACCCAUACACGGCGUCAUGCUCGUCUCCACGCGAUAGGGAGACACACAGACAGACAUAGGUGCAUGCCAUGUGUGUGGGUGUGUGUUGGGUGUGGUUGUGGUUGUCUAUGGCGGAGUGUGCCCCCGGGGGGCAAGGCAAGAGGGGAGGGAGGAGAGGAGUCGUCGUUUCCGUUUUUGUGUGGUCCGUGUAUUCCGUUCCGCGUUUGUUUUGUUUUUAGCGCUUCUGCCGUUUGUUUGUGUGUCCUCUCUACCGAAGGAUUUUUGUUUCCCGAAAGCCUUCGGCCCUUUCUUUGUGCUGUCCGUCCGUUCUGUUGAUAGGCAUCACAUACAUACCAUACAUAACAUACACACGUUUUACAUAACAUACAUAUGCUUUACAUCUCAUGGCCUCUAUCUGUCUGGCUUCCUACAGGUCUGCAUGGAUCGCAUUUUUUCGCCCACCUCUCUUCUCCCAGCCGGGCGGCUUCCAUUCCAUGGCUGCAUACCCACUUAUUUAAGCAAGCUAGGGCUGCAUACCAUGCACACAUACAGCGAGAGAGGGGGAGGGGGAGGGGGAGAGAGAGGCAGACAGACAGACAACCACCCGAUUGAUGUGUGUGAGAGGAGUGGAUGGUUGGAUCGAUAAGAGUGAGUGAGCGCGUGUCUGCGAUUUUGGCUGCGGAAGGAGAGAGAGACAGUGAGUGAGCGAGGAGAGAACGGAGGGAAGGAAUGCUGUGCGAUUUUUGCCUGGCAGCGAUUCGCACAGGACGGAGAGUAGAGAGAGAGACAGAGCGAGAGAGAGAGAGAGUGAUAUUGUUGGGUCUUCAGGUGGAGAUGUCAGUCUCUCUGGGCCGUCCCGUCACCCACCCCACACACCGACAUACACAAGACCACACCGUGCGAUGGAGGUUGAAGUUGUGACGGCCCAGGGGACCCCUCUGCCGUUUUGUAGACGUCUGCAUAUGAUAUACGUGUGUGUGAGAAGGGAGUGAGUGGGGGAGUGGGGGAGGGAUCCAUAAUUCAGAUCUAUAUUGGAGGCUGACCACUGAGUGGUGCAAGCAACGGUCCGGUCGAGGGAUGGAUGGAUGGAUGGAAGGGUGUGCCUGUCUCUCUGUUGGUUUAAUGGGCUGGUGGUGUGGGUGAGAUUUCUUUACAUGUAUGUCUGUCUGAGGAAUUGCGUGCGCGUCGACUGAUUUGGGGAGGGAGGGGUCCCGGUGAGGCAGACGAGCGGGCCACCGCACAUGUGGCCACAAUGACAUGGAUGGAUGGAUGCAUACAUGAAUUUCUUUCCUUUCA